AUGAGACUGCUUGAUACCGUCACACUGGAGAUUAAGGAAUUUGGAUUUGGCGAAAUUCCAAACUAUGCCAUUCUGUCGCAUAGAUGGUAUAACUACGAACUCAAUCUACAAGAUGUGCAGAACCGGAUAUGGGAGAAGGAGGACUUUACGAAUGAGAACAAGAUAAAGGCUUUCGAAAAGAUAAAUCGAUGCUGUGUCAGAGCAAAAUCUGACGCAUUUCAAUAUGUUUGGAUCGACUCGUGCUGCAUUGACAAGACAAGUAGCGCAGAGCUAUCCGAGGCAAUCAACUCCAUGUACCUUUGGUAUUAUAAGGCUGGAAGAUGCUAUGCAUAUCUCUCUGACGUGCAAUCAAUGUAUACCUUUAAAAAGAGCGAAUGGUUUACGAGGGGUUGGACCUUGCAAGAGCUGCUCGCACCUGCUGAGGUUUACUUUCUCGACAAGGAUUGGAACGACCUGGGGACGAAGAAAAGUUUACAAGAAGCGGUAUCUGCUCAAACGCGCAUCCCCGUCAACAUCUUAUCCGGUGCUGAUCUUGAAACAGCUACUGUUGCGCAAAGGAUGUCCUGGGCUUCUUGGAGGAAAACUACGAGGGUUGAAGAUCGUGCCUAUUGUUUGAUGGGCAUAUUUGGCAUUAAUAUGCCGUUACUCUAUGGAGAAGGUGAACGAGCUUUUAUUAGGCUUCAAGAGGAAAUCAUGAAGAUUUCGACCGACCACAGUAUACUCGCCUGGAAAUCCUCAGAUACCCGCGGUGGACUUCUGGCCACAUCUCCAGAUGCAUUUAGCAAUUCUGACGGCGUCAUUCAUUACAGUCCUUUUGGUGACUCCAGCGCGCCUCUCACUGUGAGCAGCAGAGGAAUACAUCUAGAAGCCCGAUUUAUUGGUCUGGCUCGUGGAGGGCUAGGGAUGGUAAUUCUUCAAUGUGCAGAGAGGGAUAGAGCAACCAAGCCUAUCGCCAUCUUUGUGAAAGAUACAGCUCUGACAAUGGAACUAUUUGAACGAGCUCGGAGUGAAGAGUUUGAAAGCGUUGACCUCUACAAGUUCCGAAGAUGGCAAUAUCCGAUGAGAAAGAUAUGUAUACGAAGGGGGCGCAUGACGCCUACGGGUCAAGCCGAAGGUUCCGGAAAACAGAGCAUCAUCGACGACGGCAAUUACGGCAGAAAAUGGCUAUCAUCAGUGAUGAAUGCCCAGAUUACUAGCGAAUUAUUCCGCGUGGCGCAAGCUGGAGACCGAGAUGCUGUAUGGCUGUGGCUCACCCGAAGCGAUUUUACGGCAGACUUGGCAGAUGAUCAAGGACGGACGGUGCUAUGGCACGCGGUGAUGGGCCGUCACGAAGCGCUUGUUAAGAUGCUACUCGCUCGAAGCGACGUCAAUGCGGAUUUUCAGAACAAUUCGAAUCAGACGCCGCUUUCAUGGGCCGCCCAGCAUGGGCACGAGGCCAUUGUCAAGCUGUUACUCGAGAAGGCGGUCGAUAUCGAGGCAAGAUAUGAUUCCCACACGCCGCUUUUGUGGGCUGCUACAAACAACCAUGAGAUUAUUGUUAAGAUGCUGCUUGAGAACGGGGCUGAAAUCGAGGUAGAAGAUAAAGACGGACAGACGCCGCUUUCCAAGGCUGCGGAGAAAGGGCAUGAGGCCAUCGUUAAGCUGCUGCUUGAAAAUGGCGCUGACAUGGAGCCAAGAGAUUAUUGUGGGCAGACGCCCCUUUUACUAACUGCUAGAAGAGGGUGUGAGGCUGCUGUUAAGCUAUUACUUGAAAAUAGUGCUGAUAUUGAGGCAAGAGACGCAGUUAGGUCAACGCCGCUUAUAAGAGCAGCUGAGAACGGACAUGGGGCUGUUGUUAAGCUGCUGCUUGAGAAUGGUGCUAAUAUCUGGGCAAGAGAUGGAGAUAUGUCAACGGCGCUUUUACAAGCAACUAUAAAAGGACAUGAAGCUGUUGUUCAGCUGCUGCUUGAGAAUGGUGCUGAUAUUGAGCUGAAAGGCGCUUACGGGGACACGCUACGUUCGUGGGCUAAGAUAAACAAUAUACAGAGCAUCCUCAAGACGCUGGGUAGAUAG